CCAGGCAUUACGGUAGGAGGGCCGCGCCGCGCCUCUUCCACCUGCCUGCGCGCUUUAAAGUUGGGGCCGGGCGGGAGGCGCGAUGACUCGGAUCCCGGUGCGCGGGCGGCAGCUGCCGGGGCGCAUCGCCGUCCCGCGGACGGAGCAGGGCCGGGGCGCGACCCGCUUGGCGUAGGGGGAGUUUUUCUCCGCCUGCCUGCUUUUGUCGUGCUACCCGGUGGCAAAGGAGGGCCGGGGGCGGUCUGGUUGGCCCAGGAAAUACCCAUGCCUGCGGCGGGUCAUCUGCGCGGCUCGGCCGCCGGCCCCGCCGCCGGUUACCGCGUCUCCGCGCCCCCGCAGCGGCCGGGCGGCCGCGGGUAGUGCCGGCACCGCCGCCGCGGACCCCUCCGGGGCAAGCCAUGGAGCCCGUCGCCCCGCCAGACCUCCGCGACGUCGAGCAAAAGCUGGGGCGCAAAGUGCCCGAGAGCCUGGCGCGGCCGCUGCGCGGGGAGGAGCUCCCGGGACGUCCCGCCGCCGCCGCCGCCGCCCCCGCCGGGGCCCCGGGCCCCCGCCGCCGCCGCGCCGCCGCCCUGGCCAGGCUGGAGACGAAACUUCACCUCCUGAGGCAGGAGAUGGUUACUCUCCGAGCCACUGAUGUGAAGCUUAUGCGCCAGCUACUCAUCAUCAAUGAAAGUAUUGAAUCAAUCAAGUGGAUGAUUGAAGAGAAGGGCAUUGCCAGCAGAGGUAGCAGUUUGAGUGGCAGCCUGUGCAGCUUGCUGGAAAGUCAGGAGACAUCCCUCCAUGGCAGCUGUAACAGUUUACAAGACUGUAGUGACGGACUGGAUGGAAUAUCGGUGGGGAGUUAUUUGGACACCUUAGUGGAUGAUGUCCCUGGCCACCAAACUCCUUCAGAUAUGGACCAGUUCAGUGAUUCUUCUAUUAUGGAUGACUCACAGCCUCUGCAUAAACAUCCCAAAAUUGAUUCUGAUGAGUACUACUGUUUUGGUUAAUAAAAAAAAGUUCCAGUGGGACACAAAUGCACUUGUACUUAUCCUUUUUCUUUGCUGCUAUGUUAUUUCAUGUGCAAACCCGCCAAACUUCUCUUGAAAGGAAAACAUAAUAUGAUACUUUUAUUCCACUUCAUAACUCUUCUGUUGCUUCUAAUCCAUGUUCUCCGUGGUGGGUUGGGCUUUCCUCCUCCUCACCUUUUCUUUUUCUUAAUUUAUUGUUGUAAUUUUUUUUUUGUUUUUUUUUUUUCUUUUUACAAUGCUGUAUUUACAGGCCUUUAAAAGUGGUGAAGGAAAAGCUUUAUCUUUAAAAUGAGACAUCAGGGAAUGAGAGAAACAAUUUUGUACUUGUUAGCAAUAAAAUAUCUUCUGAUAAAUAUAUGUUGUGAUAAAUUUUCUUGACUACCAGGUCUGGCCUUUCCAAAGACAUUGUUCUUAUUGAGCCUUAAAUCUGAAACUUGAAAAUACCUCUACAAAAUAAUUUUCCUCUUGUAAGCAAUGAUAUUUGAUUCUGUUAAGCUGUCUCCACUUGGAAUAUAAAGUAAACUAAACUUUUCUGUGUGGGAUUUCUUUCUUUCUUGAAUGUUUUCAUCCUUCUUGUCUAAUUAUUAUUUUAAAUUCUGGGCUUCAUUGGUGUCUUGCAAUGAUGCAUCUAAAUACUGGAAGGUCUGCGUAAGACUAUAUUUCAUUUUUGUGCUUCAUACCUUUAAUUUUCAUUGAACCUGCUGUUGUGUAAGCACAGUCUGUAUCUGUAAAAAAAUGAAAAAGGCAUCCCACAUUAAAAAUACCCAAUUAUAGUAGUUUGGAUACGGAGCCUAAAAUUCUCAGCAGAGUUAUUUUAAAAAUGUAAUUAAAGUCCUGACAAUUUUUACUCUGAAAUUUUGAGGGAUUUAGUGGGCACUGGUGAAACAUUUUACAGGAGACAACAUGCUAGAAGACAUGUCCUGGUUUGCUUUUGUAUUCUCACCCUCAUCCUUAACAAGUAUACUUCGUUUUUACCAAAUAUUAUUACUAAGAGAAAGUGUUGCCCUGCUGUCUUUUUGUUUCCUGUUUUAAAAAUAAGAGUUUGCUUUAACCUUUUCAUGCCUACUGGUACAGCUGAGAGCUAUGGCUAAUCAUUUAUAUUAGAAGCACCUGAGAAGAAAAACAGAAACAAACUGUGUGGAAAGUCUGGCUUUGAGGCUCCCCUAGCCCAUGCUUUUGUCCAGAAAAUUAGGAAACAGUUUCGUCUUGUAAUUUCUUCAAAUCAUAAAAAAAUGAGAUUUUAUCCUUCUACAGUAAAGAAAAAAUAAGAAUGAAAGAAAUAGAAUCCAACUGGACAUUUUAACAGAUUAAAGAACAUCUAUUUCUAGUUUACAGACAGUGAAAGAGAUGUUGAUGCUUACACAUCAUCUAAAAGUGUCCUUUCUUGCCAUGUCUGAAUUACCACUGCCAGUAAAUCAUGAAAUACCAUCACUGAAGAAACUAAUCUUUGCCAAGUGUAACACAGGCUCCCUAUUUAAAGUAUCUUUUACACAUUCUGAAGGAAUAAAGCUAGUAUAUGCAGCAGUCAGCGUAUGUUGGUUUGGUUCAUUUUGAGACAAAGUUAUAGUCCAAUAAGUUUCUGCUCUUCCAAGCCAUGUUUCCAUGGACCUGUCUUGUCCAGCCUCGAUCAACAUAAAAUUUGGAGGAAAGAUAAAAACUCAAGAAACUGAAAGUGACAAUUUGUGCAUUGUGGUUAGCUCCAUUACUUCUCAGUAGACUAGACAUCUGUGUCCCUCAAAAUUAAAGAGCAAGAUACGUAUAUUUUGCUUCAGAUAUCAUGAUUUAUUGAAAUAGAAUGAGUGAAGAAAUGUGUCAUUACCAAGAACGAGUAUUCUUAGUUGAACUUCUGAGAUCAACCAGGGCAUUGCAGAUGGUUUGAAGGAAAACAGGCAAGGCCGCAAAUGACAAUGCUGUGCUGAUUUAAUAUUUUUAGGCUUUUUAAUUCCUUCUCCAAUGUAUGACUGCUGGAUAUAGUUUGAAAAAAAAGUUUGAAGAAAAAAAUCUCAGAAAAAUUAUUUCUUAAUGUACCAUUAAAUAGAAUAUCAACUGUGAAUUCAAAAUAGGUUUUAUUACUUUAAAUUAUUUGAAUCUAGGGAACAGAACUAACUCCCUGGUGUAAAACUGUUACUCUCUUGGAAGUUUUCCUACCUUUAUUGCUUGGCAUGGAAGUUAAACAUCAGGAUGUAUACUCCCUCUGAAUGUAACGAAUGUGCAAUAUAUACUGCCUUUUCUUCUCCAAAUGAGAUUUUGGGCAGUAGGCCAAGAGGCACAUAAAAUUUUUCUACUAUGAAGGAAAUUCAAAAAUAUCCUUAGCGUACCUUCUCAAAUAUCCCCUUGAGUUAUGCUGAAAUUACUUCAAGGAAAAUACAUGCUGUAGCUGUCACCCACCCACUCACAGCUGUAAUACUGGAUAAAAAGUAUUUACAUCAGUGAUAGAUUUAUCAUAUUAGGAUUAAAAAGUUCAUUUAAAUGGGAAUCAAAGCUGGCAGAAAAAAAACCCUGCUACUAGAAGUGGUGAAAUGAAAACUGUAUGUGAUUAGAAGCUUUUAUUCCUGUAUGUCUCUUGACUGCAGAUGGAGAAAGAGUAUAAAUGACAAAAUAGCAAGGCUGGGAGACUUAGAAGGAAACAAGAAUUUCCAGGUGUUGUGUUUCUCAUAUCCUGGAACACGAAGACCUUGGGUUUUAUUUUUGAAGCAUAAAAAUUUCAAAGGUUUAGAUUUCAAAGGCUUAGAAUCCUUAAUUGCAUUAAUAGGUCUUCAUAGCCAAAAUAUAGUCAUUUACUCUGAGUUACCAUUUAAGACAGACCAUGAAAUUUUAUUAUCUCCUAAAAUGAAUCCAAUAACUUAAAACUGAACUAUAACCCCACUAUUCAGACAAUGGAAAAUGUUCAAUGCUCCUUAAAGAAACAUUCCCAUUGAGUAAUCAGUUUUGCUUUUAAACAGUUUACAUAUUUCUUCCAGCUUCCUCUUGACUUGGUUGACCUUGGUCUUGCAAAAUCUUUGUCCAGUAAAAAAGGGAUCUGGAUGCCCUCUUCUAGCAUUUUGCAGAGGUGGGUUCUUUUUACCCUUGUGUUUCUUUGUAAUUUUUUUUUCUGAUUUGCAGAACUAAAAACUAAUUGAGAAGUAUGGGGCAGAGUAUCUGAAAGCACUUUACAAAGCUGUGUCUGUUUCAAAUGGAUAAAAGCAACAGAAUUAAAAAAAAAAAGUGGAAGAAUAGUAAACAUAAUUCAUUUAUUCUCUGUCAUUUUCUAUCAUUUUGGUUCUUCUGUCACUUUGCUUGCUUCCAGGCAUGACAAACAGUUUCAAGACAAUUUGUGAAAUCACAGACAACAAGCAACACCCAGUCCAUUCUUAUUUCCACUCUGCAGAAGUUUUGUCUUUGAAAGACAUUCCACUAUGUAAGCUGUGUAAUUCAGAACAAUAAGGGACAGUCAAAAAAAGAUUCACUAUGCUUUCUGUUUUAAAAUAACUCUUUCUUGCUAAUAAUAGGAAAUAUCUAGUAAAUGGAUAUGCUCUGGUUCACAAACAACCUAUUGAAGGAGGGGGGCAGGGGGAAAGCUCAAACUUUCACAUCUGAAAACUGGUUCUUUAAAGAUUCUGCCAAGGCAGUCUAGCUGUGAAGUUUUCUUGCACUUUCAAAGAGCAAUUAAAAUUCUUUGAAAUCUCUCUGCCAGCUGCUGGGUCUAGUACUGAUCUCAAGGUUGCAUGGCUGUUUGUGUCUCCACAAACUAUGAGAGGAUGAAGAAAUAAGCAGGAGCUCUUGGAUCCAUCAGUAUUGUAAAUAUUGUAAUAGGACACUGAAGACAGAACAGAACCUCUGCCUUUGGAAGGCACACUACUAUUGUCCUGCAAAUUGCAACAGGAUGAUAAAAAAAAAGGCAAAAAUCUCCUGUAUCUUGUUAAAAUUAACCCUAACUUUUGAAGGGACUGAUAAAAUGCUGGAGGUACCGUCAGAAUGUCUGAAAGUUUGAAGUUUCAAAAAUAUUUUUCUGCAUUUCCCUUUGAAAAAGAGAACUGUUUAGCCAAGGUGGGUGAAGUGCAGUCUGAAAUAAUGUCUGGUUACACCAUGUAGCUGCAUCUCAUAUAACCCCAUAUAAUCCACUGAGAAACUGUGGGGUUUUUGUUUAGUAAUCUUAAGCAGUUACUAAGCUGUCUAAAAAGCCUGUGCUAGUAUUUUCAUGUUGCCAACACUUCUUCUGAACCAAGCCUAAAAGAUUGUCUUUGAUAUAAAGAAUUAACAUAUAUCCAAUAAACAUGAGAUCAGUAGAAAGCAUCCAUCACCUUACAGCAAAGGAGGCUUUGUUUCAUUUUAAAUGUGCUCUGUUACAGCAAGUUUGUCUUUCUCAGAAUAGCUAUGAAUUUACUAUAGAAACAGUAUAGAGCAUCAUGCCCUGAAGCAAAUAGAAGAUUUUCCCUUACAUAAAUUAAAAAGACAUUAAUGCUGCCUGCACUUGACCUUUCUGUUGGCCAGAGAAUAAAUUUCCCUAGGAAGUAUAUCUAAAGUGAAAAUAAAACAAUUUUUUCUUUUUUUCCCCCAUGGAAUUUUCUAUGCUAUGGCAUAACAGUAAUAAGAUAAACAAUCUUCAUGAAGUCUUUUUAAAAGCAUGCUCUUCCAGCAAACAUGUCUGGUCUCCAGGACUGACAUUUCCCUGUAGUCUUGCUUGGUUUUGUUGGCUCAGUCACAAAAUAAACAUGUUUGAAAAGAUAUUCUUUUAGUUACUGAUAGAGGACUACAUGAUACAAAUGCCUGAGAAUAAAUAUCAGUAACAUGGUUUAUCAUUCUUUCCAAAAUUGGCUGCAGAAACUAUUUUGGUAUUCCUGAGCAAUUUUUUAUUUUUUACCCCAUUUUUGUCUGACAUAGAGAGGAAGCAGCACAUUGAGCCCAAAGGUCUGAACUAAUGCUUUUACCUGUGGACCGUAGAGCACACUUAUCCUCAGUGCAAACUUGUCAGCACUGCUGGGUCCAAAAUUCUAUAGCUAACAGCUACAACAUUAUGAUACAUUAAUACCCUUUCAUAUGAUCACUGUAUUCAUCAUCUUCUGGAAACCUAUGAGACCACUGAAAACUUUAUAACUUAGAAAGGAUACUGUGUUGGUUUUGUAGAGGAAAAUAUUGUCAGAACAGUGUAACUUUUGGUCUGUGAGUUAUAAACUCAAAGGACAAAGUACAAAAUAAAAUUAAUCUUUUGUGUUAGGUAUAUCUUAUAGUAGACUGUGUUUCUCGUCAAUGUUGUUGGAGACUUUCUCUUCAAUGCUUGUUACACCACUUGAAAAUAAAAAGCAGUUCAGUUUUUUCA